AUGGAACAAGCUCUAUCAUCUAUCGAGCAACCUGAUAUUGAAGAUGAAACGACUGGAGAGAUUCAGUCGCCCUUUUUGCCUUCUCUAUCUCCCCGCACAGCUUUUAUAAUGAGAAGAGAACUUGGAAACACCGAGCAGAAACCUGAUAUCGAAGAUGAGGCUGUUAGAGAGCCUUCCACGCUCUUUGUUACACCAGUACAAUCUCGUACAGUUUCUCCCGCUGCUUCCGUCGCGAGAGAAGUUGCUUUGAAGCAGGAACUUGCACCAGAGAUAGAGAAAGAUGAUAUUCCUGGAGAUUUACAAAACUUUUCCAUAGCAGGAAGCCCAGCUCCAGUCACGGUGGGCACCCCCAAAGACGAAACCCCAAAUGCCGAAGAACAAGGAGAUCCUGAACCACCCGCGGAAUCGAAUGAUAUCGAAGCUUUAGAUCUCACAAAACCUCGUGAAAAGAUACCGACCAUUCGCUGGAUUGACGAAAUGCUUAGCAAUUACACUGGAUUAGUUGGCAAUCUGACCUUCUUCAAAAAGUCCAAAAAGUUCCAAGAGGACAUUAUUCAAAGUCUCGAGGAAAAGAAAACUUAUUGGAAAAGUUUUCUCGCUACAGAUACUGAUGCUGGGCUUUUUUAUGAGUCUGAUGACGAAAUAGAGAACGAAAGAAGAGAUAAGCGUUUGAAUAUAUUGAUGUUGGCGAGGGUUAUAUAUACUGCAUUGGACAAUCUUCAUGCUAUUUUGGUCCCAUAUGAUCCAUCAGAUGCUGAUGUGAUCUUUGGAAGAGCUCGCUGGUCACACCGUGAGAUUCGAAAGAUUUCGAGAAAGCCAAAAGACGAUGUAACCGGUGAAUCAAAUGAAAUUCGCAAUCAGAGCGGCAACCUCUCAACGGACGAGGGUGAACAUUCCAAUAAGGACGAGGAAAUGCCCGACAUUAAGGACAAGGAUAAGGAAAUACCCGAUGACGAGGACGAGGAAAUGUUCGAUGACGAGAGUCAGAGUGGACAGUAUUUGUAUAUGGGAAAGUACUGGGAAGGCCUAGACUCAGAUGGGGAAAAAAUAUAUACAGAAUGGAGAGAGAAGAAAGGAUCUCGAAAUGGCAAGUGGGUUAUUGUCAAGGGACCGGCAAAGCAUGUGCAUUCGGAUGAAGAUUUGGCAGUUCCAGAUAUCAUCAACCGGGAGACUAUUGGAAAACGCAGAAGGGUGGCACAGCAGGCAAAACGAGGUUCAAAUUUAAAGAAUCCUCACUUGCCGCCCUUAUUAGCAUCGGAAAUGCAGGGAAUAUGGCCUGCGAAAUCCAGAAUUUCUAUUCCGUGUGUCGAAUGGAAGUCAAUGAAAGAUAUUAUCGCCAUUGCUAAAAUCUCCCGGGGUGAGGGUAACGGAAAGACCGCAGCGAUCUGUCGCCAUUAUGCAGCCUGUUAUGCUUACUCCUACCGGGGACAGUUAUACCGUGAAUUUUGGCCCUUCACUAAGAUGGUAGAUAAGAAAGGAGUCCGGGUCAUAAGCGAUGAGGAUAUCAAGCGAGUAGCUGCUGGGUCCUUGAAGCCUGGUUACAUUCUUCACACUCAAUAUCCGGAUUCCAUCAACGCACAAGGCAAAAUCGCGCUUAGCAUCUCCAAGAGUUUCCUCGAUGCCCAUAGCCUAUCUACCGGACGAUUCACCCAUAAAGGACCGAGAACUGUCAAGGAACUAUCAUCUCUUUCAAGAUCCGCUAUAUUAGUAAAUUCCGGGCUUUCAAAUGAAGCUAAAUUCGAUGUUAAGUCUGUGACCGCUGAGUCGUUUGGCAAGAAGCAGCUGAAACAGCAUGUAGAUGAUCUUCUAGUCGCAAAAGUCGAAGCGGAGAAUCAUAAACUCAGAAUGCUCCAGGCUGAAGAAAAAUUCCGCAGUGUAGGUGCUAGCCAAAUCAACGAAGCUAACCGCGAAAUCUCAGCAUUGAAGCGUCGAAUCCGUCAGCUUGAGGAGGCAAAAGUUCGCGAGGUCAAGGAUCUGAGAUCUCAAAUCCGGAUCAUUCGAAAAGCUUGCAAGUGUGGUGCUGGGGUCACUAAGGUCCAGCCUGAGCCAAGUCAGUCUUCUGGAGCCUCGGGUGACACAUCAAGUGAAGAAUCUUUGGAGGAGGGAGACAUUUCAGAUGCUGAUGAGCCUAAGGGAGAUAUUUCGGAGGUUGAAAUGUCUGAUGAAGACAUUUCAGAUGCUGAUGAGCCUAAGGGAGAUAUUUCGGAGGUUGAAAUGUCUGAUGAAGACAUUUCAGAUGCUGAUGAGCCUAAGGGAGAUAUUUCGGAGGUUGAAAUGUCUGAUAGAGAGAUCUGA